AACAUCUCGACGUAGCCGCUCCGUGUUACAUACCGCUCACGUGUGGCGGUGUGCGACUCCGCUGCUCCACGUCACACGGCAGCUCAAGGUUAAGGUUAUUUGGAGCAAGGUAGAAAAGAGAAUGAGAUAACGACGAGCACAGCUUGGUGUCCAGCCGGGUCGGAAAGAUGCACAUCGCCGAUUUUGUGGCCGGGUCCAUUGGAGGAGCAUGUGGAGUUGCAGUCGGCUACCCUCUGGACACCGUGAAGGUGCGGAUACAAACACAAAAGCAGUUCACCGGAAUAUGGCAAUGUGCUGUGACUACGUUUUCCAAAGAGGGGGUGCAUGGCUUCUUCAAAGGCAUGACUUUGCCCGUCACCACGAUCUCCAUGACUUCCUCAGUGGUGUUUGGCACAUACAGGAACUGCCUGCAGUGUCUGAGCCAGCUUCGCGGAGCCCCCGGCGCUCCAAACACCAAGCUGGAGGUCUUCCUGUCUGGCAUGGCAGGAGGGGUAGCUCAGAUAUCUGUGAUGUCUCCGGGUGACAUAGUGAAAGUGCGCCUGCAGUGCCAGACAGAGUCCAUGCGGGGGGGCGCCAGCCUGCACAAACCCAAGUACCACGGCCCGGUUCACUGCCUGCUGAGCAUCGUCAGGGAGGAGGGCGUCCUGGGACUCUACAGGGGGGCUCUCCCCCUCAUGCUGCGAGAUGGGCCGUCCUUUGCCACAUACUUUCUGACUUACAACACCGUCUGUGAAUGGCUGACACAUAAUGGCAAGAAGGGACCAGAUUGGAGUGGUGUGAUGCUGGCUGGCGGGAUCGCAGGCAUGGCAGGCUGGACUGUGGGAACGCCCAUGGACGUGAUCAAAGCCCGCCUGCAGAUGGAUGGUGCAAGAGAGAAGAAACGAUACAAGGGGUUUUUCCACUGCAUCGCUGAGACGGUGCGGGCGGAGGGAGCCGGGGUGUUCUUCAGGAGCUUAGGCAUCAACUGGCUACGUGCGUUCCCUGUCAAUAUGGUGGUGUUUGUCACGUACGAGGUCCUCAUCAGCUUCCUCCGCGACACGCCUGACCGUGUCGAGCCACCCCGUCUGGACUUUGAAUAGUGGCGCCUGCCUCUUCCUUGUUCGUUUGUGUGUUUGUUUGUUGGUUGUUGUUGUUUUUUACCAGGACAGGGCAUAGUGCAAGCAAAUGCCUGUUACAUUGUAUUAUUUUUAUCUAACAUAUGUUCGUCUCCUAUGUCUGCCCUGUCCUUGGAGCUGUCUGGUACAUGUAUAUAGGGGUUACUACUCAAUACUGCUGCUCACUACUCAGGUAAUGAAUCCGCUUUGCUCAGGAGCACUUUGUCAGUUUUGGGCACUGAUAUAUCUAGGGAUUACACCGGUAAUCUUCCUAAAACAGUAUAGAUGCCCAAACCGCAGCCUUGUUUUCUUUCUUGUAUUUAUUAGUCUGUCUCGCUCGCUUCAUCGAUUCAGACCCUGAACCCUCCAAAUGGCCAUGUGGGGUCUGUUAAGGCAGUAAGAUCGAGGGCUGAACGUGUUCUGCCUCCGCCUAAAAGACUCUCUGAUCCUCUGUCUUUUUGUGGCAGAGCACUGGGAGUUCAGCGGUGGCCUUUGUCUUCCAUUCUGAUUUCCAUCCUGAUCGAGCCAGACAGAGUUGUAAGUUUAACACUUAGCCCAGUUGCAUGGGUACACAGCAGUGUACGCAUUAACUCAUAUUUACGUCAAUAACUGAAACUGUUGUAGCUGUAGCUUAUCAAGAAUUUAUGAACGACCUGCAAUGCGCACAAUUUAAAGAGCCUGAAAACCAAAUUCAUGUGGAUAUGAAUAUGGGCCACGCACAGUGUAUCGAUCAUGAUCCAAGAAAGACAGUGUCAGUUCCAGUAGUGGGGAUGAGAAUGAUCAUACACAACAGUAAUAUCUCUUGAAUUUCUGUUCAUUUUUCUGAUGAGAAAGUAUUGUAUGUGAAUGGAAGUAUUUAUUCUAAUAAGAAAUGUGUUUGUUUUGACAGAGAGAGUAAUGUAAGUUAUUCAUGCUGGAGCACAAACCGCACAUUUUGAUUGUGAAUGAAUAUGAGUGAGCAUAUAACUGGAAAAAAAUAAUGCCAAGUUGCUUGAUACCUUUUAAAUAAAAAGGGCUACUAUUGGUGAAUGAAUUCAAUAAAGUAUGUUAUUUCUGUCUCGA